GCGCGCCCUAGGGUCCCGCCCUGUCUCGGUCCCGCCUGCCGGCUUCGAACGCUGCGGCUGUCCCUGGCUGGGUCAUCCACACGAGCAGUCACCGCUUAGAGGAGACAGUAAAAGGAAUUAAUCUUAUUACCAGUGGCUUUCAAAUAUUUGAGAAAUUUAAGAAUUGUGACUGCAGUUCUGAUUCAUGGAUCUUCAAAGAAAGCAGAGAAGAUUUCAGGACUUACAAAGGUGCAGGUUUGUGCAGAUUUGAAGACCAGUAUCUUACGAGCUUGUAAAACAGCAACAAGUCAGAUGAUCAGAGUAAAUGACGAGUACAAGUCAAAAGUGGCUGAGAUUUCAUUAUUUGGAAGAAGCUGAGCACAUUGGAGGAUUAUGCAGGAGCUGGAAAUAUAAUGGUGAACAAAAUGGUUUGUUCCUGCUCUGUCAGAAGUUAAGGUUUAGUGAGGAAGAUAAAACCAAGCAAACAAGCAACAAAGACCUGUUUGAGAUGUGGUGGUUUCAACAAGGUCUCAGUUUCCUCCCUUCUGCCCUAGUAAUUUGGACAGCUGCUGCUUUCAUCUUUUCAUACAUUACGGCCAUAACACUUCACCAUGUUGACCCUGCUCUGCCUUAUAUCAGUGAUACUGGUACAGUAGCUCCAGAAAAAUGCUUGUUUGGGGCAAUGUUAAAUAUUGCUGCAGUUUUGUGCAUUGCAACCAUUUAUGUUCGUUACAAGCAAGUUCAUGCCCUGAAUCCUGAAGAGAGUCGUAUCAUCAAAUUAAACAAGGCUGGCCUUGUACUUGGAUUACUGAGUUGUUUUGGGCUUUCUGUUGUGGCAAACUUCCAGAAAACAGCCUUUUUUAUUGUACAUGUAUGUGGAGCUGUGCUCACCUUUGGCAUGGGCUCGUUAUACAUGUUCGUUCAGACCAUCCUUUCCUACCAAAUGCAGCCCAAAAUUCAUGGCAAACAAGUCUUCUGGAUCAGACUACUGGUGGUUAUCUGGUGUGGAGUAAGUGCAUUUAGCAUGCUGACUUGCUCAUCACUUUUGUACAGUGGGAAUUUUGGCACAGAUAUUGUACAGAAACUCCACUGGAACCCUGAGGACAGAGGUUACGUGCUUCACAUGAUUACCACUGCAGCAGAAUGGUCUAUGUCUUUCUCCUUCUUUGGUUUUUUCCUGACUUACAUCCGUGAUUUUCAGAAAAUUUCUUUACGAGUGGAAGCCAAUUUACAUGGAUUAACCCUCUAUGACACUGCUCCUUGCCCUGUUAACAAUGAACGAACACGGCUACUUUCCAGAGAUUUAUGAUGAAGGGAUAAAAUAUAUCUGUGAUGAUUAUGAUUCUCAGGGAUUUGGGGGAAAUGUUCAUGAAAGUUCCUUAUUCUGCUCUGAAAUUUUUAACCAGUUAAUCAAGGCUGACAGUGAUAUUGAUGAAUACUGAUAAUCAAGAGACAUGAAUAAAGCCAUUUGAUAAGUUAUUUUCAAGGAUAUCUUCAAGAAGACCCUGUAAAAACAUUUAUGCCUAUACGUUCUUUUUAAUCCCAGAAAAUAAAACCAAAGGACUACAACAA